AUGGCCCUAGUGAGUGCUUCGCGCCGAUUGGUCCCGGUUAAGGAAACGGGAAUAAAGGGCGUGCAUGUGGGACCCUGGGUCAGACACUGGCGCGUCCGGAGGGAACGAGGCUGUGGAGGGGCUGUGGCGUCGCUCAGUUGCAGUGCCGUCGUCUGCGUGAUUUGCUUGGAGAAACCCAAAUACCGCUGCCCCGCCUGCCGCGUGCCUUACUGCUCCGUGGCCUGCUUCCGGAAGCACAAAGAGCAGUGCAACCCUGAAACUCGUCCUACUGAGAAAAAAAUAAGGUCGGCUGUUGUGGCAAAAACUAUAAAGCCUGCAGGAAACAAAGAUGAUGAGGACGACGGCUCUGUAGCUGACUUUCUCAAUAGUGAUGAGGAAGAGGACAGAGUUUCUUUGCAGAAUUUAAAGAAUUUAGGGGAGUCUGCAGCACUAAGGAGCCUGCUGCUCAACCCACACCUCCGACAGCUGAUGCUCAGCCUCGAUCAGGGCGCUGACAAGGCGCAGCUCAUGAGAACCUGCAUGCAGGAGCCCCUGUUCGUGGAGUUUGCGGACUGCUGUUUGCGGAUCGUGGAGCCGUCCCAGGACGAGGAUUCCUAAGAUGGAUUCUUGGGCUGCUCGCUGGAACGUGUGCUUGACUCCUGGGACCUGCCCGCUCCCCACAGGAGAACGGCUAGUGCGGGGCCCUCAGCAAGGGUGCUGACUUCCAGGCCGGCCGACAUAGGGUGGGCCGCUCAAAGGCUUUCUCUACAGCACGGUAGGCGUGGGUUUCAGGCAAGAGGAUAUUCGAGGUGACAAACCCUUUAUGGAGGGAGAAUUUGACAUUCAGAUGGUGGUGUUUAAAUACUUUAAUUUUGGUACAGUGUAGACAUCACACAUGAUUUGUCAAGUCUCAUACCCUAUUUGAAUGAAAACUUGCUCACCGUUGCUAAAUAAAAUCAGGAUAUGGUGAUUCUA